AUGGAAGCAAACCUCCAGCCGGCGCCACCGCCUCCUCACCAACCAUUUUUCAAGCCGACCAAGCCUGAACCCAUCUCGACCACAGCGAAGGAAACCCGGCCCAGUGCAGACGACGCGGGUGACUUGGCGAAAGGUGUGAAACGACGUGAUACGAAGCGGGCGACAGUCGUGCGGCGGUCGCAGAACAGCUCCGAGUCGGUGUCGCUGCUAAAGGACAUCGAAGACGCCAAAGAGAAGAACAAGCUGCAAAUUCCUCAGCGCUUGGUCGAAAACGAGAUAUCGCUCGAGUGUAUUCACAAUGUGUGAAACCCGCUAAGCACGGUCAAACCCACCGAUGCGAAGAAUCGGAUCCACGAACGAUGCGAUGACUGCAGACGGCGCCAUGGGGCAUGUGGUCAUCCUGUUGGCCACCAGGUUGUCUAUGGUUCGGUUGGAAUCGGUGGCAAUGACGUCGUUUCGACCUCAUGCAGGUGAAACACCUUCGCGAGGGACGCAGCAACCGCGUCCUGCACAUCUUCCAUCUUGAUUUGCGGGUGAAAAUCCUGAAUGCUAGAGACCGCCUUGUCGUGGAGGCCGCACGGCACAAUGCGGUCGAAGUCCGACAAAUCCGUCGUCACGUUCAGCGCAAACCCGUGCAUGGUUAUCCACUUGCUUGCGUGGGUACCAACAGCCGCGAUCUUGCUUUUGGGAAACGCGUGCCGCGAGUCAGGGACCCACACGCCCGUCAGUCCUUCGACCCGCUCGCCUUGAAUGUCAAAGUGGCCGAGGGUUUGAAUCACCACCUCUUCGACUUGACGAAGGUACCAGUGCAAGUCCUUCUUGAACGGACCUUGCGUGAGGUUCAAAAUUGGGUACACCACGAGUUGCCCAGGUCCAUGGUACGUGACUUCGCCACCACGGUCCACCUUGAUGAGUUCGAAGUCCGAAUUUGGCGCGGUCGUGUCGAACCGCACGUUGUCCAUGGACGCGCCACGGCCAAGGGUGUAGACUCGUGGAUGCUCAAGCAUGAGGCACACGUUCUUGAGAGAGGCAUCACGGAACCGCUCCUUGAUCAGUCGCUGCUGCCAGUCCCAUGCUUGACGGUACGGCACGCGGCCGAGUCGGUGGAUCACGCACGACAUGGCAAUC